AUGGAAAACAAACUACCUGUUGUUAACAAGAGAAGAGGUCGUGCCGAAAUGAUUUCCGAUGUUUGUUGUGGAUCUCUUUUUCCUUUCACAUAUAAUAUAGAACAGUUACACUCCUUAUCUAAUAAGUGCUUAUCUGUUAUUGCUAAAAGAUCAUGUGCUACGCCUUCUAAUAACCACCCAUCUACUUCUUCGAUUACACCAACAGAGUUGUUAGCUACUACCUCUAUGUAUUUAGAUAUAGGUGACUGUAAAUAUUCCUGUGAAUAUUGUCACGCGCGCUUCUGGUAUGACGAGCGUCUUAAAUCUUGCCCCGUUAAUCAAAGGCCUCGAUACAACCAGUGUUGUAAGGGCGGUAGUAUUACGUUAAAGCAUCCAACGGAACCUCCUGGUGCUAUAAAGUGUCUCUUUCAAACUCAUGAAUUCCUUGAUAACAUUCGCGCCUACAAUUCCAUGUUUGCAAUGACAUCUUUCGGGGCAAAAAUUGAUGACUCUAUAAAUUUAGGUACUGGCCCGUAUGUUUUUAAGGUUAGCGGUCAAGUGUGUCAUCGACUAGGUGCAUUUUGUCCUCCUCCUGACACCCCUCCCCGUUUUCUGCAAAUGUAUAUUUUUGACACUGAACACGAACUUUCAAACAGGUUUCGUUUUUUUGGCGAGCAUGGGAUGUCCUGUUUAAAUUCAGAAAUUGUUACGACACUGCUACGCACACUUGACGAAAACAAUAAAUUAGUCAAACUUUUCCGUACCGCUAGAGAUAUUUGCCUAUCGGUUGAUGUUCCUACCUUCAUGAUCCAUUUAUAUAACACUGCAAAUGAGGUCAGUUAUGACGUGCCAACAGUUGAAGCUAUUGGCGCCAUUGUGUUCGCGGAUCAGCCUAGGUCAUCUACCUUCGAUAUAGUUAUUCAUGCGAAGGCUACUGCUCCUGAACGAAUUAGACAUAUAUUAUCACAUCAAGACCUUUUCCGAACUGAGUUUUUGCAAGGAAUUCAUGACGCAUUGUUACGUGGUGACACGAGUGGUCAUGAUAUUGGAAAAAGAACUAUUUUGCCUUCGUCGUUUACCGGUGGCCCACGCUAUAUGUAUAAACAUUAUCAAGAUGCUUUAGCCAUUUGCCGCGUUCAUGGAAACCCCCAAUUUUUUAUAACAUUCACUUGCAACGUUAAAUGGCCUGAAAUUCAAAGGUUUCUAACUGACACACCAUGUACUAAGGCCCAAGAUCGACCUGACAUCAUUGCUAGAGUUUUCCAGCUUAAGGUUGACGCUUUUAUUAAAUAUCUCAGAUCGGGUGUUCCUUUCGGUGAGGUAGCUUCAGAUUUGUAUACGAUAGAAUUUCAAAAAAGAGGACUUCCCCAUUGUCAUACUCUUCUAUGGGUGAAGCCGUCUUACAAAAUCAAAGUUCCGGCCGACAUCUAUAUUUCUGCUCAAAUUCCUGAUCCAGCAUUAGAAGCUACUCUUCAUAAGAUUGUUACUGACCUCAUGCUACAUGGACCAUGUGGCUUACCAAAACCAAAUGCUUCUUGCAUGGUUAACGGGUGUUGUUCCAAACAGUUUCCCAAAAACUAUGAACUCUCUACCCGAUUUGACAAAGAUGGUUACGUACAUUACAAACGGGAAAUGAAUGGCUUCUCUAUCUUAAAAAAUGGUAUCACUAUGGAUGAUGCAUCUGUUGUUCCUUACAAUAAAGAUCUUUUACUUCGCUUUAUGGCGCAUUUCAACGUUGAAUAUUGCGGUUGGAGUAUGCUCAUCAAGUAUUUGUUUAAAUAUAUAUCUAAGGGUGUCGAUCGUAUUCGCUUCACAAUCACAAAAGCGCCUUCUUCUUCUUCUUCUUCCGAAACCGAACGGCCGUCGUCGUCUUCUAUUGAUGAAGUAAAAAACUUUGUCGACGGUCGUUUUGUUUGUCCACACGAGGCCGUUUGGAGAAUAUUUGAAUUCCCAAUUCAUAGUAGAAAUCCAUCUGUCUUAGUACUUGCUGUUCAUUUAGAGAACAUGCAAAACGUCAGCUUCAAGGAUUCCCAACGGGUAGUAAGCGUGCUGCACAAUCCUGCUGCUAGAUGGGAUCUCUCUGGAAAAUGCUGGAUUCGUAGGUCUUCAAACAAAACACCUGCAAUAGGGAGACUUGCUUAUGUUCACCCUUCAAGUGGCGACACUUUCUACUUACGUAUGUUAUUAGGACACCAAAGAGGUUGCCAAACGUUUGCUGAUAUACGUACCGUUGGUGGCGUAUUAUUUCCCACAUAUCGUGCAGCAUGUGACAAAUUAUGCUUGCUUGAAAAUGAUGACGAAUGGACAUACGCGUUCACCGAAGCAUCUACCUGGGCUACUUCCAAAGAGUUGAGAUCCUUAUUUACGCACAUGUUAUUGUUUUGCGAAAUAUCAAAUCCGUUAGCUAUGUGGCAACAACAUUGGCAUGCAAUGAGUGACGACGUCUCACUUACUUUUGAACGUACAACGGGUUUAUUUGCUGCUAACAUCAGCGCAGCAGAUCUGGAACAAUACGUCUUAUUCGAAAUUGAAAUUCUUCUUAAUUCUAAUGCCAGCUCAUCAUCGCUUCGUACCUACGGACUACCAAUGCCACGUUCUGACUUGCUUUCCGUUAUAACAAACCGUCUUUUAAUGGAAGAGAAGAAUUAUGACUUACAAAAAUUGGCCUCCGAGCAUGAGCUUCUGAAAAAUGCGCUCAACGCAGAACAAGCAUCGGGAAAAAUAGUUUUAGCGGUUUCCGCCUCCGGGAUUGCUUCGUUGCUAUUACCAUCUGGUAGAACUGCACAUUCAAGAUUCAAGAUUCCUUUGAAUUUAACAGAUGACUCAAUUUGCUUUGUAAAAAAAAAUACUCACCUUGCUAGGCUACUAACUGAAACCUCUCUUAUAAUUUGGGACGAGGCUCCCAUGAAUGAUCGUAGAUGCUUCGAGUCGCUUGAUAAGACCCUUAAAGAUAUACUUGACAAUCAGUCAAAGCCCUUUGGCGGAAAAUCAGUAUUGUUGGGCGGAGAUUUUAGACAAACGCUUCCUAUCAAACCUAAGGCUUUAAAAUCUGAGAUUAUUAACUCAUCUCUUCCUAAGUCAAACCUGUGGGUACAUUUCAAGCUCCUAAGAUUGACAGAAAAUAUGCGCUUACAUCGUCCUAACUUAACUAACCAAGAACGAGAUGAUAUCGCAUGGUUUUCUUCUUGGCUACUUGAUUUAGGUGAUGGUAAACUUGGCAUACCUGCUACGGAUAGUGAAACAGAUGUGAAAAAUAUUGAAAUCCCAUCACAAUUUUUGCUACCCUCCACUGAAAAGUCUCUACCUGCUCUUAUUAAGUUUAUUUAUGAUGAUGACACGCUUAAAAAUCCGACAAUUGCAAACCUCUCCGACAGAGCCAUCAUUUGCCCCAAAAAUAAAACUGCGGACGAGAUUAACAACUUUGUUCUUACAAUGUCUGAGGGCGCUACUAUAACCUACCUGAGUUCCGAUUCAAUCAUUCCUCAUCCAAAUGAUAAGAGUGACCUAGAGCUUCUUUAUCCGCUUGAGUACCUAAACUCUUUGACCUUUACCGGCUUGCCACCUCAUUCUUUAAUUCUAAAGGUCAACGUCCCAGUUAUAUUGCUAAGAAACAUUAAUCAAAUGGCAGUUACCGUAUUUGACAAUAGGAAGCCAGACAUGACAUCUAGAGCUAUUUCCACCAUUACACAUGGGGAUUCAGCAGAGCCCAUUGAGGGUGAUGCGAUACAAGCUGUUGUUGAUGAAAACGCCAAAAAGCAUCUUGAAUCUAAAAUCACUCUCCGUUCUUGCUAUCGUGUAAGCAACUACUUAUCAGGAGAGGCUAGAGAUAAAUACAAUGUUGUCAAACAUGAUGCCAUUCUUAGGCUUGGCAAAGGAACCACUUUCGAAUCCAUACCGGAUUUUGGUUUCCCUUUUCACUAUUUCAACUUCGUACCAUACGCAAAUCUCAAAGAACGCAUAGAUGAUCAUACCAUACUGACAGACUUCAUGGGCAGAUUUGUUAGAUUUACAUUUGAUAGACAUACAGCUUCUAACAGAAGGCUACUUAAGUUUGAAGUUGAAGAUAUUAGGUACUGUGUUAGUGCAAUGUUGGCUGACAACACAAAAACAGCAAUGGUUACUCUUUUCAAUGAUGCUAUUGUCUCGCUGAUAGAUACACCAUGCGUUGAAAUGGUUACUCAGCAUGGUUAUGACAACCCACAACAAAUACCAAAACCAUUGGAGACCAUUAGAGGUAAAGAGAAGAUUUUCCUCUUGCAGUUCAAUAACCGCUUCCGGCAAGGUACAAGCUUUGUGGUCAACCAGGUUUUUGACCCACCUACAUCAGAAACUCCCAUCAUAACACAAGAGUUGGUUAAAGAAGUUGUUGAAAAAGUUUUAGAAAAUGAAAGCGACAACACUGAUUAUGAAAGCACUAAUUCAAAAUUUAGCAAAGAAAAUUCAAGUUCACAACCUGAAAGUGACGAAAGCUUUCAUAAGAAUUACAUUCCAAAAUCAGCAUCUAGUUUAAGUGAUGAUCCAAAUGUGGUUGUGUAUAAAAUGAAUAAUCUGACAAACUAUAUUCUGAUGACCAAUUUCCGAUUCAGAAUGUGA